GGUCAAUUGAUGAACUAUCGAUUAAAUGUGCAAAUAGGUCAAUUGAUGAACGAUCGAUUAAAUGUUAAAUAGCGGUCAAUUAAUGAACUCAUUGAUUAAUGUUUAAAAAUUUUCUAUGACAAUAUCGAUUGUAAAUAUUUGUAUAAAUCCGCUUGAUUUGUGUGUUUGAAUUGACUUGUUAUCUGCUGUUUGUCUGUAGAAUACAGUUUCUGCAACUUAUCCAGAUUUCUUGAUCGAGUUAGCAGAGUUGGGGACAACGAACCAGAAUAGCUAUCGAGUCGCUGAAUCAUUGAUCCUUCGUUCACUUCGAGUAAGACGAAUCAGUAAUAGCAUUCAAGCAAUAACUAACCAUAACAAAUUGUUGACGGUGGUUUUUCGAUUAUGGACCCUGCCAAACUUGAACUGUUACUUGAGCAGCAGCUGAAAUUGAUGCAAAUGUUGAUGGAGACCAAGGUUACGCCUCCCUUACGGUCAAGCACGUCUAGUUCAACCACGGCACCAUCGGUAGAUAGCAUCGCAAACAGCAUAGCUGGAUUUCAUUACGAUCCUGAUUCUAAUGUUACAUUUGAGAUGUGGUUCAGGCGUUAUGAAGAUCUAUUUAAAUUUGAUUUCGCCAAUCAAGAUGAUGCUUGGAAAGUGCGGUUGCUACUACGUAAACUGGGUGCAAAUGAGCUGGACAAGUAUUGCAAUCUGAUCCUGCCGUUGAACCCACGUGAACGAUCAUUUGCAGACACAGUUCAAAUAUUAAGCCAUUAUUUUGGCGAUAACUCGUCACUGUUUAAUACUCGUUAUCGUUGCUUUGAAGCUAACUAUGAACGAAGAUGAUGAUUUUCUUACACAUGUGGGCGUCGUCAACCGUGAAUGCGAACGCUUCCGGUUAAAGUCCUUGACUGAAGAUCAGUUUAAAGCCCUGAUAGUUAUUUGCAGCCUGCAGCACCAAAAGUUUAGUGACUUACGAACAAGACUACUAAGUCUUUUGGAUCAAGAGCCGAAACUCACCCUGAGUGAUGUAGCUAAUGAAUAUCAACGUCUCAUUAAUCUGCAACGAGACACUUCUAUGGUUCAGAAUGGUGGGC